UUGAGGCAGCGUUCCAGAGAGGAUAUCUGCUGCUCACAGGCAGGACGGGAUUAACUCAACAACUCAUCUCAUCUGCAUAUAGAUGCUCAGGGAGAGCCAGACGCAGGGUCUUCACACACUCAGGGCUUCAUACACUCGCUGGAGAAACUCGAUUUGGACUAAUUGGACGUUCACAUUGCUGGUUUGUUUUGGCAGAAGAUGUAGUAGAGUCUGAUAGGAGACCUCGGAGCUGUGUAAAGUUUAUUUAGUCGGUGUGUUUGGUGUGGAGUCGCUCCUCAAGCGUGCGAGAUGCCGUCUCGCGAGUCCUAUGUUCUCCGUAAGGAGGAGAAGUCUCUGGUGCACAAGGCCAAGGCAGAGGGCAAGGAGCAGGGGAUGGUGGCCGCUGCUCUGGGGAUGAAGAUGAGUCCUCAGAAACCUCCGGCCACUCUCUGGCAACCUCUCAAACUCUUUGCUUAUUCGCAGCUCACGUCGCUGGUCCGUCGAGCCACGCUGAAGGAGAGCGAGCGGGCGCCCAAGUACGAGAAAGUCCACAACUUCAAGGUGCACACCUUCAGAGGGCCACACUGGUGUGAGUACUGUGCCAACUUCAUGUGGGGACUCAUCGCUCAGGGAGUCAAAUGUGCAGAUUGUGGGUUGAAUGUCCAUAAGCAGUGCUCGAAGAUGGUGCCCAACGACUGCAAGCCGGACCUGAAGCAUGUGAAGAAGGUUUACAGCUGUGAUCUCACCACACUGGUCAAGGCUCAUAACGCUACACGACCCAUGGUGGUGGACAUGUGCAUACGAGAGAUCGAAGCACGAGGUUUGAAGUCGGAGGGUCUCUAUCGAAUCUCUGGGUUCAGCGACUUAAUUGAAGAUGUGAAGUUAGCGUUUGACAGAGAUGGAGAGAAAGCAGACAUCUCCGUAAACGUCUAUGAAGACAUCAACGUCCUCACAGGUGCUCUUAAACUCUACUUCAGGGACCUGCCGAUCCCCGUCAUCACGUACGACGCAUAUCCGCGCUUCAUCGAGGCUGCCAAGCUGACAGACCCAGAUCAGCGUUUGGAAGCUCUGCAUGAAGCUCUGAAGCAGCUGCCUCCUGCUCACUGCGAGACACUGCGAUAUCUCAUGGCACAUUUAAAGAGGGUAACUCAGAACGAGAAGGAUAACCUGAUGAACGCUGAGAAUCUCGGGAUUGUCUUCGGGCCGACUUUAAUGCGGGCGCCCGAUCUGGACGCCAUGACGGCUCUGAACGACAUCCGCUACCAGAGACAGGUGCUGGAGUUACUCAUCAAGAAUGAAGACAUCCUCUUCUAGCGUCACGCUGACGUGAAUGAACCUCUGUGCUGUUUACCGCAGCUUCUGCUCUGACUCGCUCUGGACUUGAAUAUGAAGGACUCUUGUAUGAUAGUAAAUUUUUGGGAGCAGUACUUACUAACACUUCUCCCUG